AUGUCAGAGUUGGGUUCCAGUUCCCCUCCUCGUGAAGCUGAAAGGACUGCUUGGCAGACAGCUCAGGAUUCUGCAUCUCCCCCUGGAGAACAGCCUCUGAUUCCCAAACCUGACCUUGUUACCUGUCUAGAAGGAGAGGAAGAGGAGUGUGUCCAAGCCCUUGAUGAAGGAAACGUGUGGGACAUAGUUAAUGAAAAAGAUUUCAAAGGAAAUGCUACAUCUACCGGUUGUCAGAAUAGUGAGUACCGUGAAACAAUACAUGAAGGAAAGACACGAAUCAAAUGCUCUGCAUGUGGGAAGAGUUUUGCUAGUAUAUCAACUCUUAAAGUGCAUUGGGAAACUCACACAGGUGAGAAACCAUAUGACUGCCUGCAGUGUGGGAAGAGAUUCAUUCGGAGUGCAAACCUCAUUAUCCAUCAAAGAACACACACAGGAGAAAAGCCAUAUAAGUGCGUAGAAUGUGGGAAGCGUUUUAUGCGGAGUACAAACCUCAUCAUCCAUCAAAGAACCCACACAGGCGAGAAACCAUAUAAGUGUUUAGUAUGUGGAAAGAGCUUUAUUCAGAACUCAACCCUUACUGCCCAUCAGGGAAUCCACACAGGAGAGAAAACAUAUUCAUGCUCAGAAUGUGGGAAAAGCUUUAUGCGGAGUACAAACCUUAUAAUACAUCAGAGGAUCCACACAGGAGAGAAACCAUAUAAAUGUCUGCAGUGUGGGAAAAGCUUUAGUCAGAACUCAUCCCUUACGACUCAUCAAGGAAUCCAUACAGGAGAAAAAACAUAUGAGUGUUCAGAAUGUGGGAAGAAGUUCAUGCGGAGUGCCAAUCUCAUUUUACAUCAAAGAAUCCACACCGGAGAAAGGCCGUACAAAUGUCUGGAAUGUGGGAAAAGCUUUAGUCAGAGAUCAACCCUUACUAGCCAUCAAGGAAUCCACACAGGGAAGAAAAUAUAUGAAUGUUUGGAAUGUGGGAAAAAGUUUACACGGAGUGCAAACCUGGUUUUACAUCAAGUAAUCCAUACAGGAGAGAAGCCAUAUAAAUGCUUGGAGUGUGGAAAGCGCUUUAGUCAGAGCUCGAGACUUGUCACUCAUCAAAGAAUCCACACAGGAGUGAAACCAUUUAAAUGCCUGGAGUGUGGAAAGAGCUUCACUCACAGUACGAGUCUUAUUAGGCACCAGAGAAUUCACACAGGGGAGCAACCAUUUCAGUUCCUUGAGUGUGCAAAGGGAUUUGUUCAGAGUGCAAAUCUCAGUGUACAUAAAAAACCCCACAUGGAUGAAGAACUGUAUAAAUGUUUGGAAUGUGGAAAGUGCUUUAGUCAGGAAUUAAAUCUUACUAAGCAUCAAGAAAUGCACAGAGGAGAAACGCCUUAUAAAUGUUUGGAAUGUGGAAGAUGCUUUAGCCAGAAGUCAACACUUAUUAACCAUCAAGGAAUCCAUACAGGGGAGAAAAUGUAUGAAUGUUUGGUUUGCGGAAAGAAGUUCACACGGAAUGCAAACCUCAUUUUACAUCAAAUCAUUCACACAGGGGAGAAACCAUAUAAAUGCUCGGAAUGUGGAAAGCGCUUUGGUAUGAGCUCCAGGCUCUCUAAUCACCAAAGAAUCCACACAGGAGUGAAACCAUAUAAAUGUCUGGAGUGUGGGAAAAGCUUUGUUUACAAAACAAGUCUCAAGAGACAUAAAACCGUGCAUGCAGGAGACCAACAAUUUCCCACAGAAAAACCAUAUAAAUGCCUGGAGUGUGGAAAUUGCUUCAGUCAGAGCUCAAGCCUUAUUAGACAUCAACGGAUCCACACUGGGGAGAAGCCAUUUAGAUGUUUGGAGUGUGGGAACUGCUUCAGUCAGAGCUCAAAUCUAAUUAGACAUGAAAUAACCCACACAGGGGAGAAACCAUAUGACUGCCUGGAGUGUGGGAAGAGAUUUAGCCAUCCUUCAACUCUUACUGUACAUCAACGAACUCACACAGGAGAGAAACGGUAUAAGUGUCUGGAAUGUGGGAAAAGCUUUAUGCUGAGUACGAACCUCAUUUUGCAUCAAAGAAUCCACACAGGAGAAAGACCCUAUCAGUGUGUGGAAUGCGGAAAAAGCUUUAGUCUGAAGAAAAGCCUUACUCUUCAUCAAAGAAUCCACACAGGAGAGAAACCAUAUAAAUGUCUGGAAUGUGGAAAGAGUUUCAGUCAGAAGUCAAGUCUUAAUAUCCAUCAAGGGACACACACAGGAGAGAAACGGUACAAAUGUUUUGAAUGUGGAAAGACAUUCAUACAGAGCACAACUCUUAUCUUGCAUCAAAGGAUUCACACGGGAGAAAGACCAUAUAAAUGUCUGGAAUGUGGGAAAAGCUUUAUUGUGAAGUCAAGCCUGACUCUUCAUCAAAGAAUCCACACGGGAAUAAAACCAUUUAAAUGUCUGGAGUGUGGAAAGACCUUUAAUGAAAGCACACGCCUUCUUCGACAUCAAAGAAUUCAUAUGAGGGAACAACCAUUUCAGUUUCCCGAGUCUGGAAAGGGCUGCAGACGGAGUGCAAAUCUUGCUGUACAUCCAAGAACCCACUCAGUCGAAAAACGGUAUAAAUGUUUGGACUGUGGGAAAAGCUUUAUGCUGAGUACAACCCUCAUCAUACAUCAAAGAAUCCACACAGGCGAAAAACCAUAUACAUGUUUGGAGUGUGGGAAAAGUUUUAUGCGGAGUACAACCCUCAUUGUACAUAAAAGAACCCACACGGGAGAAAAACCAUAUAUUUGUUCAGAAUGUGGAAAGAGUUUCAUGCAGAGUGCAAACCUCAUAAUACAUCAAAGAACACACACAGGUGAGAAGCCGUAUAAAUGCUUGGAGUGUGGAAGGAGCUUUAUUCAGAAUUCAAGCCUUACUGCCCAUCAAAGAAGCCACACUGGGGAAAAACUAUAUCACUGUUCCGAAUGUGGAAAGAAAUUCACACGGAAUGCGAACCUCAUAAUACAUCAAAUACUGCACACGGGGGAGAAACCGUACAAAUGCUUGGAAUGUGGAAGGAGCUUUACACUGAGCAAAAGACUAAUUAACCAUCAAAGAAUCCACACCGAUAUGAAACCAUUUAAAUGCAUGGAUUGUGGGAAAAGCUUCAGUCACAGCAUAACUCUUAAGAGGCAUAAAAAUAUGCAGACAGGGGAAUGUAAAAAGGGCUCCAGUCAGAUGCAAAGCAAUCCAAGAUCUCAAACCAAGAAGAAACCAUAUCAGUGCCUGGAGUGUAAAAGCUGCUUCAGUCACAACUCAAACCUUCUUAGACACCAAGUAAUCCACACUGGGGAGAAGCCAUUUAAAUAUCAGGAAUGUGGAUAUGGCUUCAGCCAGCACUCAAAUCUUAUGAGACAUAUGCUUAUUCACACUAGAGAAAAACAGUAG